CGCAAGUGUGGACAUUUUGAGGCGUAUUUUCUUUAUUAGUGAGUGAGGUAUUCGCCUAUUCUUAAAAAAUCGACUCACUGUGAAACGUUUGGCGCAGAUUAAAAAUUUCAAAAUUUAAAUCCGUGUUUUCAUAAAAGUUAUGCCCAGACCAAGGAAUGUGUACCAAGAAGGGACAAAACUCAAGUCAAUGUGCAGAGUUUGUUUGACUCAAAGUAAAAAUGUAAUGUAUAAAUUAACCGAUUAUAUGGAAAGCUCAAACAUUCCUGACGUAGAGACUUAUUUAGAUGCAUUGCAGAAAACGACUUUUUCUGAAGUUAAAAUUGAAGAUAAUUAUCCUGAAAGCAUUUGUCCAGUCUGUGUUAGUAUGUUAAAAAUGUGCCAUCAAUUUAUAACACAAUUCGAAGAAUCGCAAAGAAAACUGGAACUAAUGUUUAAGAAAUCUAGUGUUGCUUAUUUUGACUCUGAAAAACUUCAGGAGGACAAAGUAGUUGAAGCUAUAAGUUUAGCUAGAAAACAAGCAAACUAUAAAGAGUCAAAUGUUCAAAUUAUUAUUAAAAAUGAAAAAUAUAGUCUCAAUGAUUUAAUUGUUGUGGAAGAUCCAGAGUCUGAGGAACAUAAUUACGAAGGGUUCAUGAGUAAACUGGGUAAGGAACUUUCAGCUUCUGUUAUAAAUCCGUCAGAUGAAGAGGCAUUUAAUUCAGACAAAGUUGAAAAUAUUAAAAUUGAAGUAGAAGAUGUUGAUUACGAAAUUGAACAUUUAGAAAAUGAAUUCAAUACAGUCAAAGAAAGAAGUGAUAGUCACACUGAAACCAUAAGUAGCAAUGAUGAAUCACUCGACACUUCUGAACUACAAAAAGGGAAUAAUGCCUGUGAAAUAAUUUUUGAAACUGAUAAAGAAACCAAUGAUUCUCAGGGUCAAAUAGGUGAUAUUAAUGGGAUAAUAGAAAAUGGUAGAGUUGAAUUCAUCAUAGAAGAUUUUAUUAACAUUGAUGGUGAUACUGAAGAAUGUGAUAAUGUUGAAGAAAACACUGAGGGAUCUGUAGAGACAAAUAGUGAUGCAACUAGUGAAGCACAAGAGGAUGAAGGAAAUGAAGAGAGUGAUUCAGAAAAUUUUGCUUUAGAACAUAUAGAUAUACUUGAUAAAGACACAAUUGAAUCACUUAUUAUAGAUCGAGGGGAAAAUGAAGAUAAUCUCGAAGAAACUUCACAACCAAGGAGAAGAGGAAGGAAGAGAAGAAUCCCAGACACACCUAGAGAUGAAUUCGAACAGGAAAUUAAUUUUCCGUGUGGCAUUUGUAAAAAGAUUUUUUCCAGCCAGCGUGCAUUAAAAAAUCACAUAAAAAGGACCCACAUCGGUGCAAAUGAUCAGGCUUUUACUUGUGAGAUAUGUGGGCAUAUUUCUGGAACUAAGUCAAAAUUUGUCACGCACAAGUUGCGCCACAGUGAAAAGCAAUUUAAGUGCAAAUUGUGCGAUAAAGCAUACUCUACAAAAGCACAUCUGAAGGUUCACAUGAGUAUACAUGAAAACAAUAGACCUUUUCUCUGUAAUGUCUGUGGUAAAGAUUUCAAUUAUGCAAAUGCGCUAACAUAUCAUAUGCGACUGCACACAGGAGAGAAGAAUUACCAUUGUGAAUAUUGCCCUAAAAGAUUUAGAAUGAUUAAUUCCCUAAACAGGCAUGUUAGGACACAUACCGGAGAGAAACCAUAUAGAUGUCAAUUUUGCGGAAGACAGUUUUCUUCAAAAGGAGAGGUUGUUUGUCACGAAUAUACUCACACAGGUUAUCGCCCCUAUCACUGCAUAUACUGCAAAAAGGGGUUCUCAAAAACACACAAUUUAAAAAUACACUUACUGUCCCACAGAGGGCCUCAUCAAUGUAAUUUUUGUAAUAGGUGUUUCAUAGAACCUAACAUUUUGAAUAUGCACCUAAAAAUAGCACAUAAAGAUCAACUAACUGACGGGAAUCAAGACUAUGAAAAUAGCGAGAGCAAUGAAGGCAGUCAAGAUGAGGCAUUUCCCGAAUAUUUUGAGUUUGUUCAAACUGAAGGGGAUGAAGACUUUUCAGGGUCCAUUCUAGGCGACUGAUUAAUAUAAGUUCUAAUAAAAUUAAUUUACUUAAUAAAAAUAUUUUUUGUUAUGCAAAUUAUUUAUUAUGCAUUUUAAUAAUCGAUUGAUAAAUAUAUAGAAUUUUUACUUUA